UUCUGUAUAACAACCAGGAAACGACUGGUUCCUUGCCACCACCGCUGGUCUUUAAGUUAUUUUCUUCAUUCCGCUUACCUGUCGUCUGUUAUAUUGCUGAUCGAAAUGAAAAAAAGAUCUGACGCUGCACCCGGUGCUUCUAGAAAGGCAGCAGAAGAUGGACAACGCAGCAAAGUGGAGGUUAAAAGCAAACUUUCUCACAGCUCUGUGCUCAUCAACAUUGGAAAGUGUUUGCUUUUAAUCAUCAUCAUCCCUCCAUUCCUCAACUAUGCAUCACUGCAAAGAGAAGGACAGAUGCUGCUGCCAAAAGAUGGCCAGAUUGUAGACGUCGGCUUGGGUCAAAGGAUGCAUCUCUUGUGUAAAGGACAGGGGAAACCAGUUGUUAUAUUAGAUGCACCAACUGGAAUGUCCUCAGACAUUUGGUUUUAUGUCCAAGAGAGCGUUGCCACAUUAACAAAGGUUUGUACCUACGACCGAAUGGGGCUGGGAUUUAGCAAGCGGCUGAUGCAGAAUGAAAGCACAGGGACUGAGAAGGGUUGGGGCAUUUCUACAACUGGACGGAUGGUGGAUGAUCUGCACCGUCUGUUGCUGGCUGCUGAGAUCACCAUGCCUUUGAUUCUGGUUGGCUCGGAGAUCGGCACGCUCAACAGCAGGUUCUACAGUCACAUACAUGACGUGCAAGUGACAGAUCUGGUGUUGAUUGAUCCUAUCCCAGAGGACAUUUUUGAAGAGGAGCAGUGGAAAGAGUACUGGUAUGGUAAGCUGCUGCCAUCCCUUCAAGCCAAGCAGUUUUCAGCAGCUUCCGGGCUGAGCCGCUUGCUGAUUAUCCUGGGAGCCAUUGAACCAACUAUCAAAGAAAAUGUCUCUGAGGAGAUCAUCCAGAGGCAGAAAUACCUUUUAAGUAACCCUGCCCAUCAGAGCAGUGCUGUGGAUGAAUAUUACUUUAUGAAUGAAAGUGCAGCUCAAGUAAGGGACAUUGUGCGAUAUAAGCCUCUGUCGAGCAGGACCUCUGUAAGCGUGAUCACUGGGGAUUCCUUUGACCAACAAAUCCCAAAUCACCUAAAUCAAAUGGUAUCCAGGCUUCAAAAGAAGUUUCUGGAGGAGUCCUACCCAUCCGUCGAUCACAUUCACAUAAAAGGAGUAGACCGUCGAAUGAUCUACAAGAAGCCAUCUGCCAUCAGCCACUACCUCAGGAAGCUAGUCAGCCAGCGACAAGCCAAACAGCAAAGCCACUGACCCAUGGCCAAGAUUAAAAAAAAAAAAAAAAACAGACUUGGGCAGAA